AUGAAAAGGUCAGUCAUGGCAACAACUAGCAUCAAUGCACAUGCAGACAAUCAAAACAUGCAUAAUCAGAUAGAAACGACAGAUGAGCAAGCAAACCUAUUACGACACAAUUAUCUUCGAUUAUGGGCAGGAUUGAUUUCAACCCAUCCUCAGCCUGUCGACAUCACCUUGAAAGAUGGACAAACACUACCUGCCAUAUUUAGAGCUACCAAUUCUAGUCAGUCACUCAUCAAUGUAUCGCAGCUUAAAACUCCACUGGGAACAUAUCCAGAUGCUCAAAUACGAAUGCAGGAUGUAUGUAUUCUAGGUUUCGAUGUUUAUCUGCCAGAUUCGCUCUCCAGCAAGACGUGUACAUCUGAACAGAUUAAUGAAACAAUUGAAUGA